AUGGAUCCCAACGACCAGCCCUACGGCGGCAACGAAGCUCCCGACAAGGAGAAGAUGGAUCAGAUCCGAGCACGACGGCUCGCCAAGCUCGGCGCGCCCAAGCCGCCGCAAGACGACAGCGGCAGCAGCAGUCCCGGCGGCCAAGCCUCGCCCAAGCCCACGACAGCAGAUUCGUCAUCAGCCUCCGCCGCUCCCAAGAGGAAAAUAAACAUCACACCCGCCGCCGCCGCCCCAGCGCGCUCUGGACCUAACCCGUUUACGCAGCUCGGGCUCAGCAAGCAGAGCGACGCCAAGAGCCCGGUCACCGGCUCGCCAGGUAGAGCCACCUCACCCGCCUCGCCGCGCAAGAGAAGCUUACAAGAGAUUGACGGCGGUUCUGCAGCAAGCAAUGCUGCCGCACCACCGCGCAAGCAGACGGCGCCGUCCCAGGCAGCCGAAACGGACGAGCAGUACGAGAACCGCAUCCUCACUAACAUCUUUCGCCUCUCCGUCGACCCCCACCACAUGAGCACCCCGACCGGCGUCCGCCUCACUUUUUUGCCCAACCUCAACGAGGAGCUCAACGAGACCGGCGAGCCCAUGCGCCUUUCUACGGCCACACUCGACCAGGCCAUCAUCGAGGCCUGCACCAAUUGGCCCGAUGACAAACCUCUCAUGAGCUAUCUGCUGCCGUGCUGGAAGCGUGCAGUCAAGCAGGCUGCCCAGAAGACGAGCUCCUCGACGAGACAGCAGGUGCACGAGGAGGCCAAGAGACUUUGCAUGAGCAACUGUCUGUUUGCCAUCACAUUGCCGGAUCUCUAUGGACGCGCGGCGAACCCUAAUCAUGACACCAUUGCGCCGCAGCUGCUCCGUGGUCCCACAGACGAAAACGGCAUCUGUUUGGAAUUCAUUCAAGAAGCAAUCAAGCGAUUCGACGAGGAUGACGCUAUUCCAGAUAUCUUCAACGACGCCAUGGUUCGCAUAAGCAGCCAGCUCGCACUCAUCUCUAUGAAUGACAACUACAAACCCCAUGUUGAGGCUCUUCUCCUAUACACCCGAUUUCCGAUCCUUAUCACCAACCUCUCCAAACAUGCCACCUUCAAUAUGCCUCAGUCCGCCGCCGGCAUCGAAAAGCACACCUUGCUCGGCCCCUUCUUUCGCCUUUCACCUCUACAGCCCGAAGUUAUCAAUUCGUACUUUCCAGGCGCCCGAUCGAUCGACAAGGGCCGUAUAAAGAAUGCGCAAGAUGCUCUCCGCAUGGUAUUGCGAACCCACCAAACCGACCUCUUUACGAUUUCCAGCGCCUUCAUAAGAGCAGGCCGGGACACGAGAAGUCGAAUGCUGGACUGGUUCGCAUACAUAAUGAACACAAAUCACAAGCGCAGAGCUAUACAGGUCGAUCCGCGAGAAGUUGCUUCCAACGGCUUCAUGCUCAACAUUGCCACAAUCAUGGAUCAAUUUUGCGAGCCCUUUAUGGAUAACGACUUUAGCAAGGUGGACAAGAUCGACAUCAAAUAUCUGCGACGCAAACCUCGGGUUGAUAUCAAAGACGAGACAAAGAUUAAUGCCGACCAAGCCACGGCCGACAAGUACUAUGAGAAGAAAGAAGAGGGCGAGUCCAAUUUCAUCUCUGAAGCCUUCUUCCUCACUCUGGCGGCCCAUCACUAUGGCAGUGAGGCCCUAAACUCCCAGCUCAAGAACUUGGACAGAGACAUCAAAUACGUCGAGUCGCGCAUACAGGCCAUGGAAGCCGAACGUGAAAAGUUUGCCAAUAACCCGCAACAAUUGAGCGCAUUUGAAGAGACGGUGAAGCGUCACGUCGACGUUCUUGAGAAAUCAAUUGGCAUGAGACAUGCCAUUGAGGGUGUUUUGCUCGAUGAUCGCAUGCAGAGCACAUCGCUCCGCUUCAUGCGCUACGUUGCGGUGUGGCUACUACGCAUCGCCACUGGCCAAGAUUACAAACCCGGCAGAGAGAGCGAGAUGAUCAAGCUUCCGCUGCAAGAUCAGAAUCAGGAAGCAUUCGCUUGCCUGCCAGAGUACACUCUGCAAAAUAUUGUUGACAACUUCAAGUUUGUCUUCAAGUGGCUACCUACCAUUCUCCCGAGUGCCGUGGGCGAAGAGAUGCCUGCCUUGUGCAUCACAUUUCUGCGCUCAUCCGAAUGGAUCAAGAACCCAUAUCUCAAGUCAUCACUGGUUUCACUGCUAUUCUACGGGACAUGGAACUUUUUGCACUUGAAAAGGGGUGUCCUCGGCGAUCAGCUCAUGUCGUUGCCAUUUGCCAAUGAGUACCUCCUCCAUGCGCUGAUGAAGUUUUACAUUGAAUGCGAGUCGACGGGUAAUAAUGCUUUUUACGACAAGUUUAACAUUCGUUACGAAAUCUUUCAGGUCAUCAAAUGUGUCUGGCCCAAUGACGUAUACAAGCAGCAGCUGACACGAGAAAGCAAGCAAUUUGUCAACAUGCUGCUCAACGAUGCCACAUAUGUCCUCGACGAGGCGCUGUCCAAGUUCCCCAAGAUGCGCGCCCUGGAGAUUGAGCUCAAGGACCCGACUCUCUCUGCCGAGGAUGGGCAGAAGAAGCAGGAGGAGCUCCAGACGCUGGGCAACCAGGCAACCUCGUACAUGCAGCUCGCCAACGAGACGCUCGAGAUGAUGAAGCUCUUCACAAACGCCCUCAGUGACGCCUUUACCAUGCCCGAGAUUGUGUCGCGCCUCGCCAGCAUGCUCAACUACAACCUUGAGACGCUCGCGGGUAAACGGGCCGCCGCCGAGCUCAACGUGGAGAACCGCGAAAAGUACCACUUUCGCCCUAUUCAGCUCCUCUCGGACCUAGUUGAAAUUUACCUCAACCUCGACGGCUCGGACGUCUUUGUCGAAGCCGUCGCCGCCGAUGGCCGCUCCUUCAAGAUUGAGGUGCUCGACCGCGUCACCACCAUCCUCUCCUCGAGAAAGCAAAAGGACCCCGCGGACAUGGUGCGUUGGGAGCAGCUCAAGGCGCGCUUCAAAGUUGCCAAGGCGACCCUCGACCAGGCGGAACUCGAUCUCGGCGACGUGCCCCCGGAGUUUGAGGACCCCAUCAUGGGCGACCUCAUGCGCGACCCGGUCCUCCUUCCCUCCAAGCACAUUGUCGACCGAUCCACCAUUGUUCAGCACCUCCUCAGCGACCCGAAAGAUCCGUUCACGCGGCAGCCCAUGACUGUGGACGACGCGGUGCCGCAACCGGACCUCAAGGCCAAGAUUGAGCAGUGGCGCGAGGAAAAGAUGCAAGAGGCGAGGAAUAAGCUGGCCGUGGCCGCGGCGGAAGCAGAAGCAAUGGAUACUACCGAGGACUAA